GCUUGGUAAUCCUAUUUUCUUGGAUAACCCAGUCAACCCCUCUAAAGAUCCCAUAAAUAUAUACUUGCCUGUCCUCAUUUUGUCUCUCCAUUUCUACUCUUUUCCAAGCGAAGAUAAUGGAGCUUAACAAGUUCAUCCUUCUCCUCCUUUUUUCCUCUCCUCUCCUCUCAUUCGUUGCCGAGGCCAUUUGUGUCCCUCGUAACGUCAGCAAUCAUGAGGCUACAGGGCCUGCCUUGUCUUUCCCAUCUUCACCGCCCGUUCAGGCCCCAUUACCCCCGACAGAUCCCUCCCCCUCCCCAUCACCACCUGUUUCUCCAACAAAAUCAAUAUCGAUAUUGCCAUCACCAGCCAACAAUUAUGCACUGAAGAAAAUAUGUGGCUUGACCGAUUACCCAGCAGAAUGUAUUGCCAACAUUGCUCCUUUCCUAACAGGAAGAACCGAUCCCAUUUCAGUCCUUAAAAUGGGAAUGCAAGCUCUCCACAAAAGUUUUGAGGAAGCCACUGCCGUUGCCACAAAACUAAACAAGGAUCCCUCUUCAUCAGCCGUGGUUAAGGACUCCCUGGACACAUGCCUAGAGUCUUUUGAUAGCGGAAUGUCUGACCUCAAUGAUGCUUUGGUUGCAAUUUCCUCCCACGACAUUGGCAAACUGAGUACAAUGCUUAGUGCCACCAUAACAUACCCUGACACAUGUGAGGAAGCGUUUGCUGAGCGACCAGGACUCGAUUCGCCAAUGAAGGAGAUGGAUCGCAAGUUGACUACGUUGGCUAGCAUCAACCUGGCAAUUUCAGCAUCUCUCCACUGGAGUUAAAUUAACUGUUUAUUGCUGUGUCUCUUACAGCGUUCUUUUGUAUAGAGGAAUGUUAUAUUAGCAU